AUGCCCCCCAUCCGCGUCCUGAACGUCGCGGAGAAGCCCUCCGUCGCGAAGGAAGUCUCGCGCGUCCUCUCCAACGGCCGCGCCUCGAUGCGCGAGGGACAGACGCCGUGGAACAAGAUCUGGGAGUUCGAACAUCGCGUCCAAGGGCAACAGUGCCGCAUGGUGUUCACGUCCGUGACCGGGCACCUCAUGAACCUGGACUUCACCGGCGGCGCGCGGAAGUGGGGCGGGAUCAACGCGCGAGAGCUCAUCGACGGCGCGCCCGUGGAGAAGAUGGUGUCCAGCGGCAAGGAGAAGACCGCGGAGAACCUCCGACGGGAAGCGCGAAACGCCGCGUGGCUCAUCCUGUGGCUCGACUGCGACCGCGAGGGCGAGAACAUCGCGUUCGAGGUCAUGGACGUCUGCCGCGGCGUGAAGCCGACGCUGCGCAUCCUCCGCGCGCGAUUCUCCGCGCUGUCGCACAACGACGUGACGCGAGCGCUGAACGCCCUCGUCGCCCCCAACGAGAACGAAUCGAAAGCCGUGGACAUGCGACAAGAGCUCGACCUCCGCUUGGGCGCUUCGUUCACGCGGUUCAACACGAUGCUGCUUCAGAACCGAUUCCGACUCCCCGGCGCGAACGAGGACGGCCGCGGCGCGGUCGUGAGCUACGGUCCGUGCCAGUUCCCCACGCUCGGGUUCAUCGUGCAGAGGAAGUGGGACCAGGCGCGUUCUCCUUACACUGGCGGCGGCGGCGGCGGCGGUGCCGGCGCCGUGAACCCCGACGCCGGGGCCGCCGCGGAGUUCGCGUGGGCGCGCGAGCGUCUGUUCGACGAAGGUCUCGCGCGAACGCUCUUCGGGUUCGUUCAGACCGCGCGGAUCGCGACGGUGACGAACGAGGGCGGGCGCGAGACGAAGAAAUGGCCGCCGGUGCCGUUGAACACGAUCGAGAUGCAAAAGCGCGUGAACAGGGCGUGUAGGAUAUCCCCCGCGGAGGUGAUGAAAGUCGCGGAGGAGCUGUACAACGCGGGUUUCAUUUCCUACCCGAGGACGGAGACGGACGCCUUUCCGAAAGAUUUCGACUUUGCCGGAAUCAUCGGGCCGCUGACGAAUCAUCACGUGUUCGGGUUCCACGCGCGCGCGCUCUCGGCGCCGAGUAAUCGGUUCAGGUUCCCAGGGAACGGCGGGCACGACGACAACGCGCACCCGCCGAUAUACCCGACGAAGCUCGCCACGGAGCGCGAUUACGACGCGUGGAGACGCGACGGAAAAAUGAACCAGAUUAAAAUCUACGACUUCGUCGCCAGGCACUUCCUCGCGACGUGCUCUCUGCCCGCGAUCGCGCACAAGACCACGGUGGAAAUCGAGAUCGGCGGCGAGGCGUUCAAAGCGACCGGGGUGAUGAUCAAGGAGAUGAACUACCUGGACGUCUACGGCAAAGGCCCCGUCGGCGGUCCGCGUUUCGACGUCUCCUACGACGGUUGGGCGAACAACACUCUGCCGACGUACGCGGUAGGGCAGCGGUUCGAACCGACCGAGCUGUCGCUCGCGCCCGGCGCGACGCAACCGCCGCAGCUGUUAUCAGAGACGGACCUCCUUCAGAAGAUGGAGAACCAUCAGAUCGGCACGGACGCGACGCAGGCGCAGCACAUCGAAAAAGUCGUCGGCGAACGCGGCUACGCGGUGAAAGUCGGCGAUAACCGGUUACGACCGACCGAGCUCGGCGAAGCCCUGUGCGCGGGGUACUACCGAAUGGGCCUGGAGGACAUGUGGCUGCCGACGAAACGAGCGGUGAUGGAGGCGGACGUGAACAGAGUCGCGCUCGGGCAGCUGGACGUUCCGACGGGAAAGCGGAACACGACGACGCCGAUGCUCGACGCGUUUCGGGAUUUGGAACGGAAGCAGCGUAUGCUCGUAGACGCGGUGGCGGAGUUUGUG